GCUGACCUCAGCGCUGCCUGCGCGAAUAACCAAUAUGUCUGCGACGAAUAGAUCCCGAAACUUUACCUCGUGUUUUCCAGUCAGCCUGCUGGCAGGUACUAUAUGAAUCCAAGCGGAAAGAAGUGCAAGCAGCGAGACCCUGCUGCAGCGGUCACCUUCCUUUCCCAGGCCUGGGCCCCAGUCGGCCUACCCGCCUUCGCUCCUCCCCGCCUCCUUCGCACUAGAGGGCCUGCGUACGAUCAGGCAGUUGCAGGGGCGACUUGCUUCCUCUUCAGGCAAGAUGGCGGGAGGCGAGGCUGGAGUGACUCUGGGGCAACCGCAUCUUUCUCGCCAGGAUCUUGCCACCUUGGAUGUUACCAAAUUGACCCCACUUUCACACGAAGUUAUCAGCAGACAAGCCACAAUUAAUAUAGGUACAAUUGGUCAUGUAGCUCAUGGGAAAUCCACAGUUGUAAAAGCUAUUUCUGGAGUUCACACUGUCAGGUUCAAAAAUGAGCUAGAGAGAAAUAUUACAAUCAAGCUUGGAUAUGCUAAUGCUAAGAUUUAUAAACUUGAUGACCCAAGUUGUCCUCGGCCAGAAUGUUAUAAAUCCUGUGGAAGUAGUACACCUGAUGAGUUUCCUACAGACAUUCCGGGGACCAAAGGGAACUUCAAAUUAGUCAGACAUGUUUCCUUUGUUGACUGUCCUGGCCACGAUAUUUUGAUGGCUACUAUGCUGAACGGUGCAGCCGUGAUGGAUGCAGCUCUUUUGUUGAUAGCUGGUAAUGAGUCUUGUCCUCAGCCUCAGACAUCUGAACACCUGGCUGCUAUAGAAAUCAUGAAACUGAAGCAUAUUUUGAUUCUACAAAAUAAAAUUGAUUUGGUAAAAGAAAGCCAGGCUAAAGAACAGUAUGAACAGAUCCUUGCAUUUGUACAAGGUACAGUAGCAGAAGGAGCUCCUAUUAUUCCAAUUUCUGCUCAGCUGAAAUACAAUAUUGAAGUUGUCUGUGAGUACAUAGUAAAGAAAAUUCCAGUACCCCCAAGAGACUUUACUUCAGAACCCCGACUCAUUGUUAUUAGGUCCUUUGAUGUCAACAAACCUGGCUGUGAAGUUGAUGACCUUAAGGGGGGUGUAGCUGGUGGUAGUAUUCUAAAAGGAGUGUUAAAGGUGGGCCAGGAGAUAGAAGUCAGACCUGGUAUUGUUUCCAAAGAUAGUGAAGGAAAACUCAUGUGUAAACCAAUCUUUUCCAAAAUUGUAUCACUGUUUGCGGAACAUAAUGAUCUUCAGUAUGCUGCUCCAGGAGGUCUUAUCGGAGUUGGAACAAAAAUUGACCCCACUUUGUGCCGGGCUGACAGAAUGGUGGGGCAGGUACUCGGUGCAGUUGGAGCUUUACCUGAGAUCUUCACAGAAUUGGAAAUAUCCUAUUUCUUGCUUAGACGGCUUCUAGGUGUACGCACUGAAGGAGAUAAGAAAGCAGCAAAGGUGCAAAAGUUGUCUAAGAAUGAAGUGCUCAUGGUGAACAUAGGAUCACUAUCAACAGGAGGAAGAGUUAGUGCAGUCAAGGCUGAUCUGGGUAAAAUCGUUUUGACUAAUCCUGUGUGCACAGAAGUAGGAGAAAAAAUUGCCCUUAGCCGAAGAGUUGAAAAACACUGGCGUUUAAUUGGUUGGGGUCAAAUAAGAAGAGGCGUGACAAUCAAGCCAACAGUAGAUGAUGACUGAAGAAUUCCAGUUAAAUAAUACAUUUGGAUGAAAUCAGAUUUUCUCUUAACAACCUAGGGGUAUCUUUUUAAAGCAAAACUGAGGAAUGAAUAUCACGGCUCACUGCCUCAGUGGUAACUGUCAUUGUCAUUUUUUAGUACUAAAACAGAGUCUACAAUAAGUGUAUAAACUGGUAUAAUGUUGGAUUGAAUCGAAAUUGACCCGAAAUGAAUCAUUACCAAAUAAUGUCUAAUUUAUAUAUCAACACAGGUUUGAAAUGAAACGAUUUGCUACAACCAGCCUUGGCUGUAUGUAGCACAUAUACCACCGAACUUGAUUCAUGAUUCACCUUUAGUAGCUCUAGGGUCAAAAAGAUUGUUAUACCAGUAAAAACUUGGACACAAAUUCCUGAAGACAAGCUUCCCUUUGCCCUAUAUUUUAUGUUGCUUUAUCUUUGCAAUUAUGAGUGAAAAGAAAUUAUUUUAGAGCACUACUGCUUGUUCCCAUUGACACACCUUUCCUUCCCCUCCCCCCUUUUCUGGACCAGAACAUAGGAAACUAGAGCUGGAAAUUUUCCUUGCCCUCUUGCUAUCAUGCUGUGCAAUUGUUUCUGCAUUUUCACCUGAAAUCCAGCAGCUUUCCCCCUUUGGAAAAUAAUGUUAAACCAGAUGAAUAAAGAUCUUUCCCAGGCCUUAUUUUAUGUAUUUUAGUUGCUUAAUUGAUAAAGAUAUGAUGUCGAUUCUAAUAUUAAUAAUUUUUGGACCUUUUAAAGGGUAGAAGAUGUUAGAAAGCAAAGAGUGAGUCCUUUGAUUUCUAACUUGUUAAUGUUCCUGCACUUCUAUUUUUUUUUUUUUACUUAUUUUUUGUUACAUAAGAUUGUUAGAGCAGUGACUCUCAACUCUGACUGACAUUAGAAUUGCCAGAGAAGCUUUAAAAAAAGAUAAGAUGCCCCACAGAGAUUAUGAUUUAAUUAGUUUGAGGUGGAGCCCAGGUAUUGAUAUUUAAAAAAAUUUCCCAAUGUUGAGAAACAAGAGUUGAGAAGCAGGUACAUGAGAAAACCCAAUCUUACUGAGUUUUGAUAAUCUGUUAAUACCCUCUAGUUUGCUUUUCUUAAAUUUGCAUUUAAUGUGGGACUUAAUGUCAUAGUCUAGUGGUCCCCAACCUUUUUGGCACCAGGCACCGGCGCUCUUUUGUGAAUCUAAUGCCUGAUGGUCUGAGGCGGAGUUGAGGCAGUGAUGCUAGUAAUGCUGGGAAGCAGCUGCAAAUAUAGAUGAAUCAGCUCACUCACCUACUACUCACUUCCUACUGUGUGGCCCAGUUCCUAACAGGCCAUAGACAGGUACUGGUCCACAGCCCAGGGGUUGGGGACCCCUGCUGUAGUCAUAUAGUCAUGAUAGUGUGCUCUUUUGGGGAUUGAAGCUGCUGCCUUGUAGAAGUUUAGAAGCUAUGGCUGUGAGUUGUUAUAUAAGUUUAUAAGUUUUGUGGAAGCAUAUUAAUGUUACAUACUUGAUUGACUGAAGGGUUGUGUUAUAGCCUAUGGAGCACGUUUAAAUAAAGCAAGGUUCUAAUCUAAA